CCAGCCAUAAAGUCAACGCCUCACCCGCACCUUCUCUCUCUCUCUCAACUUCCCACCUCUUCCUUCCUCUUCUUCUUCACAGCUUCCUUCCUUCCUUCCUUCCUUCCUUCCUCUCGCUGUCAACCCAGCACAAAUAAUCAAAACAAACUACAACUAGGUCUCUCCUAAUCCUCGGAAAAAUCGAAUCCUUUUUUCGUCUAAAAAACCAGUCGGAUGCUGCUGUUCCUCUGAUUUUCGCGGAGUUUUCCAGCUCUUCAUUUUGUGGGGUAGUUGAAAUGGGUAACGGAAUCGGAAAGCUGAGAGUCUGCUUCACCGGCGGUGGUGGUGAGGUUGCCAGCCGGCGGCACGACGUGCCUGUCUUCAUAUCGGACCCCCUCGACGAGGGCCUGGGCCACUCGUUCUGCUACGUCCGACCGGACCCGAGUCGAUUGUCCACCUCCAAGGUCCACUCCGAGGAGACCACGACCUUCCGGUCUAUCUCCGGUGCCUCCGUCAGCGCCAACACGUCGACUCCCCUGUCGACUUCGUUGAUUGAUUUGUACUCAUACAACAGUAUUGACAAGUCGUCUACUUUCGAAAGCUCAACCUCUUUCUCCUCAAUCCCCCUGCAGCCAAUCCCUAGGGGCCUUAUCAACUCCGGUCCCAUCUCGGCCAGCCUCGAGAGAAUCCCGGGUUCAGGUCCCCUCGAGAGGGGCUUCCUUUCCGGCCCGAUUGAGCGGGGAUUCCUGUUAGGUCCCCCUGAACGUGGCAUCUUCUCGGGCCCCCUCGAGAACGGGAGCUCGGACCAGUUCAAGAGGAGCUUCUCCCACGGGGCUUUUGCGUUCCGGCACAAACCGCGAAAAGCGUCGCUGAUUCGGGGAAUCAGGAGGGUGAUUUCGAAGACGCUGGUUCGUGGACAGAAUUCGAUUGUCACCCCAAUCAAAGCGGUGAAGGAACCUGAUUGGAUCCUGGGUCCCGACAAGCCAGCGCACAACGAGAAUCUAACGGUGAGUAGUCUUAACUUUAGCAGUGAUGGGAGCUUAGAGGAUGAUGAGUCCUUGGAAAGUCAAAAUCUUCAGUGGGCUCAAGGAAAAGCAGGGGAAGAUCGGGUCCACGUAGUCGUCUCCGAAGAACAUGGUUGGGUUUUCGUGGGGAUCUAUGACGGAUUCAACGGGCCCGAUGCGCCCGAUUAUUUGUUGUCACAUCUGUAUCCUGCUAUUCAUAGAGAAGUCAGGGGUCUACUUUGGGAUGUUGAUAAGCAUGAAACGAACUCUGCGAAUGACUCUGUUUCAGUGCUACCUCAGUCUGAGAAUCCCGCUCCCGAACCAAAGGAUAAAGAUUCUUUCCCUCAGGCUGAUUGUGAUCUGAUGAGGAAUCAGACCAGGGAUGCGUGUUCACGAGCUUUUGAGCAGGAGAGUUACCCCUGCACCAGCAGAGACGUGAGUCUUGAUGGGAGUUCGAAGAGGAAAAGGGAUCGGAAUUCGAGGAGUAAGUAUCGGGGUGUGGUGAAGAAAUGGGAGGAGAAUCAGAGAAAGUGGAAAUGCGAGUGGGACCGGGAGAGAUUGGAGCUUGAUCGGAGGUUAAAGGAGCAGAUGAACAGAUUGGGAUCGCAAGAUUCGAGAUCAAUCAACCACUCCGACGUACUGAAAGCGCUCUCUCAAGCGCUGAAGAAGACAGAGGAGAAUUAUUUAGAGAUUGCGGAUAAGAUGUUAACGAACCCUGAGCUCGCUCUAAUGGGUUCUUGCGUCCUAGUGAUGUUGAUGAAGGGAGAGGAUGUUUACGUGAUGAACGUGGGUGAUAGCAGGGCUGUCUUAGCCCAAAAGGCAGAGCCCGACUAUUUGAUCGGGAAGGUAAGGCAGGAUUUAGAGAGAAUCAAGGAAGAAACCUUGUAUGACAUUGAAGCUUCUGAAUGGGAUAACCCAAGUUCGAUCCCAAGCUCACAGGCACUGCAGCUAACUGUGGAUCACAGCACAAAUGUGGAAGAGGAGGUUCAAAGAAUUAAAAAUGAACACCCUGAUGAUGCUUCUGCUGUGAUGAAUGAACGCGUGAAGGGGUCCUUGAAAGUCACCAGAGCCUUCGGUGCUGGGUUUCUGAAAAAGCCCAAAUGGAACAAUGCUCUUCUGGAGAUGUUCCGAAUCGACUAUGUUGGUACCUCCCCAUACAUCAACUGUUUACCAUCUCUCUACCACCAUAGACUGGGGCCCAGAGACCGGUUUUUGAUAUUAUCCUCCGAUGGGCUUUAUCAGUACUUCACGAAUGAAGAAGCUGUCUCUGAGAUCGAACUCUUCUUCGAGUUGCAGCCUGAUGGAGACCCAGCUCAACAUCUGAUUGAAGAAGUACUAUUUCGGGCUGCAAAGAAAGCUGGGAUGGAAUUUCAUGACUUGCUCGAGAUACCGCAAGGGGAUAGGAGGCGGUACCAUGACGAUGUAUCAGUCAUCGUCAUAUCCUUAGAGGGAAGGAUAUGGAGAUCUUGUGUAUAAUAAUAACUAGAGUUCACAGAUAGAAGAAAUCAAAUAUAGAGAAAGAAAAUAUCCCGCCUGCCUUGUAAAACAUCACCCCGGCAAAUUCCUUUUUGCUGUUCCUUUUUUCCUGGUCUCUCCUGUAAAGUCCGCAGGUAACCACCUUAGUGACCCAAUUUACCGGGUUUCGAGGGAUGUAAAGGCAUAAAAAAGAAAGCAUGGUUCGUGUCAAUUCUAAACUAUGAUAUAUAAAUUGCAACUUCUCAGUUCUCUCAA